UAACAAAAAAAAAAAAAGAAAGAAAAAGAAAAAGACUCUAUUUUUUGCUUACCCUUUUGAAAUCUUUUGAUGCUGUUGCUCUUCUUCAUCAAUAGUGUGUUUUAAACUCACAGCACUUUCUUUUUGUGUCUCCCAACAAAAAAGGAAUGAUGAGUGGAAGUUUAAGUGGUAGUGCAAGGAACAGUAGUAGGUCUCCUUUCACCCCAAAUCAGUGGCAAGAACUUGAACAACAAGCUCUUGUUUUUAAAUACAUGGUUACAGGUACCCCAAUCCCACCAGAUCUCAUAUUCUCAAUUAAAAGAAGCCUAGACUCCUCAAUAUCUUCAAGACUCUUCCCACACCAUCCAAGUGGUGCAGUUGGGUAUGCAUAUUUUCAAAUGGGGUUUGGCAGAAAAGUAGACCCGGAGCCAGGAAGGUGCAGAAGAACAGAUGGCAAGAAAUGGAGGUGCUCAAAGGAAGCAUAUCCAGAUUCUAAGUACUGUGAAAGGCACAUGCAUAGAGGCAGGAACCGUUCAAGAAAGCCUGUGGAAAUUUCUUCAUCAUCAACCACAAACACAAACACAAACACAAACAACAACAACAACACUUCCUCUUCUCAAGUCAUGAAUCAUCAUCAUCAAUCUUCUUAUACUGUUAACUGCAGCAAUGAUAGCAAUAAUAAUAAUAACAUGGCUUCUUCAACAGCUUGUUCUUUCAGUUUCAACCCAUCUGAGUCACAGCAGCAGCAUCAAUACUUCUCCCAAUCUUACCAAAACCCCUUCUUUUACACCCAAUCAACGUCUUCUUCUUCUUCUUCCAAACACCAUGAUGCUGAUUUUCCUCCUCAUGAUGCCACCACACACCACUUAUUCAUGGACUCCGGCUCUUAUUCUCAUGAUCAAAAGGACUAUAGGCAUAUUCAUGGAAUGAGGGAGGAUGUGGAUGAAAGAGCUUUCUUUCCAGAAGCUUCUGGUUCAGCCAGGAGCUACCUUCAUGACUCAUAUCAGCACCAUCACCAACAACAACAACAACAACAGCAGCAUCUAUCAAUGGGUUCCUACAAGAACUACUCAUCAAAUUCCCAUUUCCAAAUCAUGAACAACAAUAAUAAUAACGACGAUCCAAGAAACCAAGAGCAACAUUGCUUUGUGUUGGGGACAGACUUCAAAUCAACGAGCAAAGAGAAAGACAACACUGAGAAAACAACAUCAACAACACAGCAAAGACCCCUUCACCACUUCUUUGGUGAGUGGCCACCAAAGAACACUGAUUCAUGGCUUGAUCUUGCUUCCAACUCUAGAAUACCCUCC